AUGUCUGUCUGUGAGUCUGAUUCUUCUAAACAUAUUCUUUUCUCUGUUGAAGGCCCAGAUUAUGUAAAGGACUAUCUACCGAAGGUUCCCCAGCACACCGCCUAUAUCGGAGAAAAGCGUCCAGCCCUAGAAAAAACGGGAGAUCUCCAGUAUCUCUGGAGACCCGCCUCCAACCGAAGCUUACCAGCAAAAUACAAGUCUGAGUACGUGGGUGAAAUCGGUUGGGGAAUACCACAGUAUGGUUUUAUCAACAGAACAAGGCUUCAGACUGGCUUUCACAUCAAGCAUGAAGAGCUGAGUCAAGCUGCUAUCGAGAAAAUAAGCCACAGAUACCAGAACCCAUGGCAACCAAGCCCUUCGGUCAUGGAUGCGCAGGGGUGCUACAGCCGGGGCUCCAUUGCCUGGCACAUGGGUGACUAUGAGGACGCCAAUCAGAGAAACUCCCGGCGGGCCACCCUCGUGAAGCAGAGCAAGGCGGCACUGCCCAGGACUUCCAGACCACCCACGCUGCCGAAGCUGCCCCAGAGGGAGGAGACGCACACAAUCAUCUCGACGCUGGCAUCACUCGUGGACCGCGCACGAGCCGACUGCGAUGCCCGGAGGGACGUCGUCCCACUGGCGCGGACACGCCUGCUCGCUGGCGUCCGGACAAGCAGGGCGCUACGAAGGUGCCGUGUCCGCCCAGGACAGCGGUACCUGGUAAAGUUCGACGGUCAUUCGUCCUCACUCUUCCGGGAAGAAGGCGGCUUCGGCUGGAAGAACCGAGCAACGGAGACACUCCUGAGCUUGUGGAAACGGCUUUGGUAA